AUGCGUUACUCUACCAUCGCAGUAGUCGGCCUCGCUGCCGUCGCCCAGGCCACAUGGGACGGCAAGUUCACCUACCCUCCCGGCAUUGAGCCUCUCGGCCUCGUCAGCGGCAACGCCGACUUCAACAUCAAGACCUUCGGUCCUUCCAAGGGCCCCUCCGACGACUGCAUCUCCGUCUGGCACCCUCCUCACCCGGACGUCUACAUCGACAACUGCGACAGCGACAAGGACAACGGCUGGCAUUGGGUCCACCCGGGCAAGAAGCCCGGAAAGGACAAGGACCAUGACAAGCCCGGCAAGGACAAGGACCACGACAAGCCUCACAAGACCAAGGACCAGCCCCAGCAGCCCACCGACGUCCCCGACACCCCCGACGAGCCGGAGCAGCCCCAGCCCACCACCGCCCCCGAGUGGAAGUGGACCACCUCCACCAUCACCCAGACCGCCGUCUCCACCAUCUUCAGCUGCCCGCCCUCCGUCCCCGACUGCCCCGCCAACGGCGGCGGCGGCGGCGGCACCCAGUACAAGACCGUCACCGUCCCCGCCGUCGUGACUAUCUGCCCCGUCCCGGUCAACCCCGCCCCCACCUCCGCUGUCCCCGUCGCUCCCCCAGCCGUGCCCACCCAGCCCGCCGCCCCCAGCGUCCCCGCCCCUCCCGCGACGCUCUCCUCCGUCGUCAUCCCCCCCGUCUCGACGGCCCCUCCCGCCGUCACCCCGCCCGCCGCCACAACCACCAAGCCCGCCGACGUCGGCACCGUCACCCGCCCCAACCCCACCGCGACCACCAGCCGCGCCGUCGUCACCGCCGCGGCCGUCCCCAACGCCCAGCGCGCCGGCGGUGUCCUCAUCGCCGCCGUUGCCGCCGCCGCGGCCUUCAUCUGA